AUGGCUAUCGAGGAUCUUGUUACGGAUCCUACGUUGCAGCCACUGCUGGAGACAUCCCGCACGACGCUUUCUCAAGUCCUUGCCGUGCUAUCAUGGCUCGAAGCAAACUCCACCACUGACAAUCCAACCUCGGAACAGAAGCUGGAACUUGCGGAGCGACAGAAGAUUCUCUAUGCCUAUGUGGCCAAACUUCGUGGUCAGCAUCGCCAGGCUGCCUUCGGCGCAAGGGCGACAAAGCAAGAGACCGCGGAAGCGAGACAGGAAGUAGAUCGACUCCUGCUUCAGCUUCAGAACUUGUACUACGAGCAGCGACACCUGAUGGGUGAGAUUGGUGCCUGCGAAGGAUAUGAUCAUGCGUAUACACACCUACCGCUUCUUUCACUUGACGAAUAUUUAGCGCAGUUUCCCGACCAAGCAAGACUUUCGGAGCAGGAGUUGAUGCCCCUGCGGAUUGAACAUGAGAAGCAGGAACGCGAAAAGAUGGAACAAGAGCGACUAGAACUCGUGAAGAUUAAAGAUGGGUUGGUAAAGGAAAAUACCCGGAAAAAGGAUGAGCUGAAGAAGAUGGACGACAAGCUCGAGGCCAUGAUCGAUGGUUUCACUGCCUUGCAGGAAGGUCUAGAGAAGGAGCUAUGA